UUCCGAGCCUAGUCAAAGCAAUCUAAUCCAGCUUGAUUGUUUACAAGCGAAUCCACACGUGUGUUUUGACGCGUUCGUUAGUCGUGGUAUGGUCCAUAGUCGUGGGUAAUCGAUACGCUGUCAUAAGCAAACAUCAUGGUGGAAGCCUGUUUAAAGCAGUGUACGAAAGUGUUUUCAGCCCUCCUAGAGGCCGGAGUUUUGCAUUCGUUUCGCUUCGAGUACGACACUCCUUGUGUAGAAGCGUCAACGGAAUGCUCCGCUUCUCUGGGAUCGGCAUUAGACGAGCUGAUUCGUCGCUUUCAGGAGUACAGGGACAGUCUGCCAUUCAACACCCAACAGCCCACCCCAAAAGUUGAUCCCAAGAUUGUUCAAAUCCAGGUUGACCGGAAAGUGAUCAACGAUAGGAUUGAAGCAUUUAUAACCAGAAAACGGAAGGAAGUUGAUGAAUGGAAUGUCCAGGAGUUCUGCUGCUCAAAAGCAGGCGACGUUGACGGUGAUGCAGAACAAAGUUGUGCCCGGGUUGAUUCUGUCUUUGUGCCCAGGUCUGGUGGAAGCAGCCAUGUAAAAGUUUCCAGGGUUGUGAACCAGUGGGGUCCGAUGACUAAGCUCAUGAGGCCUACAACUAGCCACACGCAAUGCCCCGUUAAACAAGAGCAUUCGGCCACUAUACCAGAAGGAAUCGAAGAAAGGUUGCGUAACAUGGAGUCCCACUUGAAGCUGAAAUCUGGGUGUGCCGUGCCCCACGAUGUCUAUGCUCGGCUCAAACAGCUGGAGGACAGAAUCUUGUACCUUGAAGGAAUAUCGCCAGACUACUUCAGUACGACGACUCAUAUGGCGCCUUCUGCUCAAGCUAGUCAGUCCAGUGACGCUUCAAGACAGUAUGAGGAUUGGAGCAUGUCCCAGAUUGAAAGCAGGAUCAAUCUCCUCCAGAGCCGCCUGAGAGAGAAGGCAGAAGCAGCAUCGGAGCCAUCCACUUCAUCUAUGGCACUGUGAUUCAAUGCAGCGAAGACAGGAAACAUCAUUCUGUACAGUUUUGCGACAUUGUAUUUAUUCUAUUUUCUA